UGUGCCUGCCUGCAAGCACGAAACUGCCAGAUGGAGAGCAAAUACUUGACCGUCUUGCGCAAGCUGCAGGAGGCUGUGCCUGACCUGCCCAGCUCCCAUGCUGAGUUGGUGAGGAACCUCAUCCAGGAAGCACUCCAGUGGGAUGUGAAGAAAGAAGCAGAAGAAGGUUUUAACUUGAACCCUGUAAGUGAAUACGAUGAAUAUGGGUUUAUGACUGUACCUGACUAUGAAGUUGAGGACUGGAAACUUCUGGCCAAAAUCCAAGCCCUGGAAAUAAAGUCCAACAACCUCCGGAGCCAGGAAGCAGUGGAGAAGCCCCUCCGUGACAGGUGGAACAGUGUUGGGGAGCUGAGCCCCUCUGCAGAGCUGAAGAGCCUGAUCCGAAGCGGCGUCCCAGUGGAGCAUCGGCAGCGGGUCUGGAGGUGGCUCGUCAGCCGGCACUGCAGCCACCUGCCCGACCACUACCAGCAGCUCUUACGGCAGAGCAAGAGCACUGAGCACCCAGCCUCCCGGCAGAUCGAGCUUGACCUGCCCCGCACACUGACCAACAACAAAUAUUUUUCCUCUCCCACCUCCCAGCUCAUCCCUAAGCUCCGGAGGGUGUUGCUGGCAUUCUCCUGGCACAAUCCUGCUAUUGGAUACUGCCAGGGACUGAACAGAUUGGCAGCUGUUGCCCUCCUGGUCCUGGAAGAUGAGGAAAGUGCUUUUUGGUGCCUGGUUCACAUUGUGGAGAACCUAAUGCCAGCAGACUACUACAGUGAGACACUGAUAACUUCACAGGUAGAUCAGAGAGUCUUCAAAGACUUCUUGUCAGAGAAGCUGCCUUGCCUCAUGGCUCAUUUUGAGCAGUAUCGGAUUGAUGUCUCACUCAUCACCUUCAACUGGUUUCUGGUGGCCUUUGUGGACAGCCUCGUCAGCGACAUCCUCCUGCGAGUGUGGGAUGCCUUCUUGUAUGAGGGAACCAAGGUGAUUUUCCGUUAUGCUCUUGCGAUUUUUAAAUACAACGAGGAGGAAAUCCUAAGAAUUCAUGACAGUGUGGAGAUCUACCAAUACCUACGCUUUUUCACAAGAAUGAUUACGGAUGGAAGGAAGCUGAUGAACAUUGCAUUCAAUGACUUAAACCCCUUCCCCAUGAAACUGCUGAGGAACCGGCGGUCGAUGCACAGGGAAGCGCUGGAGGCAGAGCUGUGCGAGCUGGAGCAGAUCAAGGCAGCCUAUGUGAAAGAGAGAGCAGAGCAGGGGCCUCAAGACCUGAAGGAAGUUGUUAGUGAGGAGGAAGAAGAGAUUUAA